AUGCGAGACUCGAGUUCCAGGGUUCAUGAUCUGAUACUGGUCUAUCAUCCGAACAUUCGAGAACAGAUUGCUACAAUUGGACCACAGAAGGCCAAUGCUCGCAGUGCUACGGAGGUCGACAGAUUUCAGCAGGCGCUAGAACGCGUUACAGCACAGGCUCGAGAACGAAUAGAUCUCAAUGUGAUGGUUGUUUCUCCUCAUGGUCUCGUAGAUGUCUCUGAACGAAAUAUCAGGGUCCUCGAUGACUAUCUGCCAAUGGAACUGCUCCAGACGUCCGUUGGAAGUGGAGCGGUCAUGCAGCUAAUCGCCAUGCCUGGGAAAACUCAUCAAGUCUACUCACAACUACGAAAUCAUACACCCAUACCGAAUGUCAAAGUCUACUACACCACUCCCAAGGUCGGUGAUCUCCCCGAAUGGUAUCACUACAAGAAAUCGUCUACGGUACCUGAUUUGAUACUUGUGGCUCAACCAGGAUAUGCUAUAAUCACGCGAGAUCCGAGCAAGCAAAUUGCAGAACAGCUAUCUAGUGAAGUGAGGGCGGGUAUGAGUGGCUAUAAUAAUCACUAUCCGGAUAUGCAAGGAGUUUUUCUCGCCUAUGGGCCAGUAUUUCGGAAGGGCUACCAUAAAGGUCCGCUCGAGUUGUGCGACAUUUACACGUUAAUCUGCUCCAUAUUGCGCCUGGAAGACUGCCAUACUUCGUGUGGAAGGAUACUUCGAAUAGACGACGUUCUCACAAGUGACGCUCGAGUGGCGGUCAGAUCUCAGUUACACAGAUCCAGCCAAGCGCCGUUCACUCUGUCACUGCUAGCAAUUGUUGUUGUUAUCGUUGUUAUGUUUUUGUAA